AUGCCUGCGCCAGGCGACCAGUACAGCGGCGGCAACGUCAAGAACCCCUUCGAAGAACGCGUCGUAAAUGGCUUUACAGCAACGGAAAUCGCGACACUACAGAGCAGGUUGAACAAGCAACUCGGGCCUGAAUACAUAUCACAACGACCGGGUAAUGGCGGCGGCAAGGUGGCGUAUUUAGAGGGAAAUAAGGCGAUAGCGUUGGCGAACGAAGUCUUUGGGUUCAAUGGCUGGUCGAGCUCGCUGGGGCAGGUGCAGAUUGACUACGUCGACGAGCAUCAGAACGGCAAGGUCAGCUUGGGUCUCUCAAUAGUGGUGAGAAUCACACUCAAGGAUGGUACAUAUCACGAGGACAUUGGCUAUGGCUCGAUAGAGAACGGCAAAGGCAAAGCCGCAUCAUUUGAGAAGGCCAAGAAAGAGGCGGCGACAGAUGGCUUGAAACGAUCAUUACGCACGUUCGGCAACGUACUCGGCAACUGUUUGUACGACAAAGAGUAUCUCAAAAAAGUUCAGUCUAUGAAGGUUAAGCCUAUCAAAUUCCAGGAGGACAGUCUCUACCGACACGUCGACUUCAAACCUCCACCCCAGCCUGAAGAGCAAGCCGUGGUCAAGCAGGAACCACAGCAAACACCGUCCCGACCCAACCAGAUUCUUCGCACACGUACCGAUCAUUUGAAUAACGAAUCUUUUGGCGCUGACUUCGACGACGAUGCUGAUGAGAAUUUGUUUGAUGGAGUCGAUGUCACGGAGGGCCACGGUGACGAAUUUUCAUUCUCCGAAACAUUGUCAGCCUCAGAAACCACAGCAUCACGCGCAGCCGGACCAGCGAAACCAAAUGGUGUACCAUCUGCUCGCACAUCACCUGUUCGGAAUACGGGCCCUCCUCGUCAACCAAAUGGCAGGCCCCCACAAGCCGGACGUGGAAAUCCUGGUAUGCAACAGCAGCAACCGAAUCAAGCACCUGGAAGGCCCCCUAUGCAGAACGGAAGGCAUCCACAGACUCCAAUUCAACAACAGGCUCGACCUGUGCAGAACGGUGGUCGCAUGGCUCCACCAGCAAUGGAAAACGGAGCUGCUUCAAGACCUCUAGGACAACAACCUCCACCAAAUCAACAACUCGCUCCCAACAAUCAACCGCUCCGGCCUACACCACCCCAAGCACAACCACCAAAUCAAACACGUCCAGGACCCCAACCCUCAGAAUCGACCACACCUGCUUCAAACGCACCUCCUCCUAAUCACCGUCCCCCGGUAGGCUUCGUCACCUCUCGUGCUGCGGAGCUUCUCCAAGCAUCAGACGCAACUUCGCUCAGCAAUCUUCCAUCCUUCAAUCCUAACGUUGAUUCCCCCAUACCCAAAGAGAAACGCACACCCGGAAUCGACCACGCUCGCAGCAUUCCCAUCAAACGUGACGCAGUUGGUGCGCCGCCUGCACCUCAACCACCUCCUCAACGACCAGGUGUUACAUCAACUGGCUCCUUCAACCGUCCCAAUAUCGUAAAUCCACAAAUGGACGCCAACCGCCGGAUUGGUAUGCCUGGCGCACCAAACUACGCCAUGAGUCCUAGCGCGAAUCGUGGCGCAUACAAGCCACCUACAAUGAACAGCGCCGGCCCUGGUGGUGUUAAGAGAGAAAGGCCAGCGCUACAGGAUGUCAGUAAUGUUGGUGCUAAUGGGGUUGCGGGUGUUGAAGGCCCAGACGCUAAGAAGCAGAGGGUCGAUGCGCCACCUGGUGCUGAGAAUACUGGUGUCGCUAGUACGUAA